UACAUCGUCACACACACACACACACGCACGCACACACACAUUUGUGUGUCUCCGUAUGUGUGAGUAUGUGUGUCUGCAGUGCCUGUGUUCAUUCCUCUUCGACGCUAAGCAGCACAGUGGAGCGUAAACUCGACUAUAGAAUCUAUAUAUUUUGAAGAGUUUUUAAUAACUUUUGGGCUGAAAACCAUCUGCAAUAUCUGGCAACACCGGAUCCAGAUGUUUCACGUUUCCCCUGAGCGCUUUUUGGAGAGAAUGGAGAGGAAACUCAGAGCGGUUGUGCUGCUGGAGAUACAUUUGCUCUUCGUGUUCUUCGUGCUCGGACAGUCUAGUGCAGAUAACGAGAAUGUGAUUGAUCUUGUGGAAGCACUAGACCUACCUCACCGAAAAAGUGCGAGCAGCGGCAUGAUCUACAAACUACGUAACCGAGCACCUCACCUGACACUUUCUGCUGAAUAUUCUCACUUCCUGUACUCCAACCUUCAGGGUAGCAUGGGUGUUCAUGUGGUGGGGCGCCAGGCGCCUCGAUCCACUGCCACCAUCUUUUCUCUUUCGUCUGCAUCUUCACCCAUUCUCCAAAUCAUCUCCUCCACUGUCAAUAACACCCUGCGUGUGGACUACCAGGUUGAAGGAAGAGCAUACGACUUUGCCAGCAUUCACCUUCUGGACACAAACCCUUUUGCAAGUGAAAAGUGGGGACAUCUGGCUGUGAGCCUGGAGCCUGACAGACUGGCAUUUUUUGUGGACUGUCAAGAAGCUGCAGUUUUUCCGAUAGAAAAUGAGAACAGGAUCAACCUAGAACUGCCUCAAGAUGUUCUCAUCACUCUUGGCAGCACAUUAGGAAAGAGAAGCAGUAAAUUUAGUGGAUAUUUGAAGGCAGCAGAAAUUUCACUGAAAGCAUAUCCAAGGCGCCCAUGGAGCUGCAAUCUUACAGGUGCACAUGACCCAGAUUCCCAGACUGACUCCAGUAAACUUCAAACAAACCAAAGAUCACAGAACCAAACCAGCUAUCAUCCUCAGGAGAUCCAGAGUGAUCAGAUGCAGGGAGCUGAGCCUCCUCGAGGUGAUAAUUCUGUUUCUCAGGAACAGAAAGAUGAGAGACUGAGGAAGCUGGAGAGAAAGGUGACAGAUCUGACUCGUGAGUUGGGCAUCGUCAGAGAGCAGAACAACAACCUACAAAAUCGUGUAUACUUCCUGGAGUCAUGUCUGAAGAACCAAUGCAGAGAAGGGGUCCAGUCAGAUUGUCCUUUUCACAAUGGGUCCCACUGUAAUGAAGAUCGCUGUCAGACAAGAGCGUGUAAUGAGGAUAACACGCAGUGCCCUCAACAGCCAUGCGCUCCUCAAAACUGCCCAGGAGAGAAUGUACCCGACUGUCAGAGAAGAACAUGUAAUGAGGAUAACACGCAGUGCCCUCAACAGCCAUGCGCUCCUCAAAACUGCCCAGGAGAGAAUGUACCCGACUGUCAGAGAAGAACAUGUAAUGAGGAUAACACGCAGUGCCCUCAACAGCCGUGCGCUCCUCAAAACUGCCCAGGAGAGAAUGUACCCGACUGUCAGAGAAGAACAUGUAAUGAGGAUAACAGGGAGUGCCCCCCUCAAGACUGCCCACAGGGGAAUGUACCUGACUGUCAGACACGAACGUGUGAUGAGGAUAACAGGCAGUGCCCCCAACAGCCAUGCCCUCCUCAAAACUGCCCAGGAGAGAAUGUACCUGACUGUCAGACACGAACGUGUGAUGAUAACAGGCAGUGCCCUCAACAGCCAUGCCCUAAUCAAGACUGCAGAGAGGAGAAUGUACCUGGCUGUCAGACACGAACGUGUGAUGAGGACAACAGGCAGUGCCCUCAACAGCCAUGCCCUCCUCAAAACUGCGCACAGGAAAAUGUACCUGGCUGUCAGACACAAACGUGCAAUGAGGAUAACAGGGAGUGCCCCCCUCAAGACUGCCCACAGGGGAAUGUACCUGGAGGCUGUGCCCAGCAAAUCACAGGUUGCACCCAUUCUGGUGUAAAUUAUAACAAUGGAGACUCUUGGAGGUCGGCGGAGAGUCCUUGUGAUAUCUGCCAGUGUUUGGACGGUUAUGUUCGCUGUGAGAGGGAGCAGUGUUACACUCCCUGUAGAAACCCUACUGCUCCUCCUCCAAAUACCUGCUGUCCAGUCUGUGAAGGCUGUGAUGUGAAUGGACAUGAAGUCCCUAAUGGAGCUGUGAUCCCUUUUGGAGACCCCUGUGAAGAGUGUAGAUGUGAGAAUGGAAAUAUGGUGUGUUCACGCGUUCGCUGUUCUCCUCCGUCUUGUCACAAUCCAGUGUAUCAUGCUGGGGAGUGUUGUCCACGAUGCGAGCAGUGUGAAUAUGAGUCCGAAGUGUAUGUGAAUGGAGAGAGGUUCACACCUAGGACAGACUCCUGCCUCCAAUGCUACUGCUCUGCAGGUGAAGUGUCAUGUGAACACAAGGCUGCAUCAUGUCCUACACCACAGUGUACUCACCCAGCUAGGCACAGAGGAGAGUGUUGUGCCACAUGCAAUGAGUGUGAGUAUGAACAGAGGGUGUAUGCUGAUGGGGAAAUGUUCAGCCCUCCUGGGGGGGGACCCUGCCUGCAGUGCAGGUGUAAGAGUGGAAAUGUAAUUUGCAACGAAGAAAAGUGCCCUCCUCUCCGCUGCUCCAAUCCGAUUAGGCAACCACAUCUUUGUUGUCCAGUCUGCAAAACAUGUGAACUGGAUGGAGUGGAAUAUGAUGAGGGGUCCAACUGGCAGCCUGAGGGUCCCUGUUCCAGCUGCACCUGUGCAAAUGGAGAGGCCGUAUGCACACGCACACAGUGUGCUGCCAACAACUGUCUGCAUCCCACCAGGGUUACUGGCUCCUGUUGUUCAGUCUGUGACAGCUGCACUUAUAACCAACGUGUCUAUAGCAAUGGUCAGAGUUUCAUGACCCCUGACCGACCUUGCCACACCUGCACUUGUCUGCAUGGCACUGUUCAGUGUGAGAGACAAUCUUGUCCUCAGCUUAACUGCAGGGACUCCUACACCCCACCUGGAGAGUGCUGCCCCAGAUGUCGAGACUGCUCCUAUGAAAACCGUGUGUUUUUGAAUGGAGAGGUUUUUCCCAACCCUGUGAGCGUGUGUGAGGAGUGCACAUGUGUGAGUGGAAGGAUUGACUGCCAUCAAGCGCAAUGUUCUGAGCCUCGCUGUAAUGCACCGAUGCCUGGGCAAUGCUGCCAGAACAACUGCAAUGGCUGCAGCUAUGCAGGGAAAGAAUAUUCCAAUGGACAACAAUUUCCCCAUCCUACUGACUCAUGCAGGACAUGCAGCUGCACUAAUGGAAAUGUCCAGUGUCUGAUGAAGAGGUGUUCACCACUGACCUGCUCUAACCCUUAUCUGAUACAAGGAGAGUGCUGUCCCCAGUGUCCUGCUCCUCCAUCAGACUGUGUGUAUGAACAAAGCUCCUACAAUCACUUGGAGCAUUUCAGCGACCCCAAUAACGACUGUCGAUCAUGUGCCUGCACCAACGGGACAGUCCGCUGUAAGCGAAAGCGCUGCCCGUUCGCUCACUGUUCUCACCCCAUCAAACAAGACUGCUGUCGGAGCUGCGAAGGCUGCUUAUAUGAAGAUCAACAGCGAGUUAAUGGCGAGAUGUGGGAUAACCCAUCAGAGCCAUGUGGUGAGUGUGCUUGUCGUGACGGCUCUGUCCAGUGUCAGAGGAAACGCUGUCCUGCCUCCAACUGUAAACACCCAGUCCAGAGAGAUUGCUGCAUGUCCUGUGAUGGCUGCAUGUAUAAUGGUAGAGAAUAUCUUGACGGCAAUGAGUUUCGUGAUGGCAGCGACCCCUGUGUUGUCUGUCACUGUUACGGAGGGAAUGUCGCAUGCUCCAGGAUACCCUGUGAUGAAAAGUGCAGUCACCCUUACAAACCACCAAGACAGUGCUGUGGAGAAUGUGACCGCUGUUCCUAUAACGGUGCAGUCCUCCUCAAUGGACAGUCCAUUCCUGACCCAGGAAACCCUUGCUAUGAAUGUAUUUGCCAGAGAGGCUCGGUGCAAUGUAGGAGGAAGCAGUGUCCUGAAGCCCUUUGUCCUAAUCCAGUCACUGAUGCUUGUGGUUGCCCCGUCUGUGGAGGUUGUCGUUUUGAAGGUCUGACUUAUGCUGAUGGACAGAUUCUCCCUGAACAAGAGAGAGCGUGCAAGGACUGCAGAUGUUCAAGAGGUGAGGUAGUGUGUGAGCAAAGAAAAUGCCCUGCUGUGUCAUGCCCACAUCCAACUCUCAACAGCUGCGCAUGUGAAGUGUGUGAUGGAUGUAAUUUCUACGGACGCGACUGUUUGAGUGGGGAGCAAUUUGCACACCCUACAGACAGCUGUCAGCGCUGCUCCUGUCAGAAUGGUGGUGUGGUAUGUGAGCAGGAAUCUUGUCCAAGCAUUACCUGUAGCAAUCCAGUGACACGUCCUGGGGAAUGCUGCCCCGUCUGUGACUGCUGUCUCUAUGAGGAUGCUGUUUAUUCUAACGGUGAAAGCUUCAGGCCCCCAUCAAACCAAUGCCAGAGCUGCACCUGUGUCGCGGGCACUGUUGAAUGUGUGUCCGACGGCUGCCAACAACCACCCUGUGCUCAACAAGUUUCCAUGUCAGAACCAUGCUCAGUGUGUAUGCUGAAUGGACAGGAGUUCAGUGAUGGGCAGACGUGGACCCUGAGUUCAAACCAUUGCUCCACCUGCGUCUGUAAGGCAGGUGAGGUGCGUUGUGCAGUUCCUGAGUGUCCUAAGCUUGCUUGUGUGCAUCAGGUGACCGAUCCAGGAGCCUGCUGUCCUCAUUGUAGAGGUUGUGUUUAUGGAGGAGCGGAGCAUACAGAGGGCAGCAGCUGGUUUGCAGACUCGACUCCAUGUAUGACAUGUAUGUGCGUGGAUGGUGUGACCACCUGCUCUGAAGUACACUGUCUGUCUCCAUGUGUUAACUUCAUCAGUGUGCCUGGGGAGUGCUGCCCAAUGUGUGCUGACUGUGUAUUUGAGGGCAAAGUAUAUGGACCAGGGGACAGUUUCCAUCCAGCCAAUGACCCCUGUCAGAUCUGCACAUGUGAGGUGAUGCCAGAUGGAGAACAGCACCUGAAGUGUUACCGAAAGCAGUGUCCCAGUCUGGUUGACUGUCCUAAGAGCAACAUCUUGUUCUCUGGACCGGACUCUUGCUGUCCUGUCUGUGCACAGCCUCUCAGUAACUGUACCACUGCGCUGAUUGGUAAUGAGGUGUUGGCAACAGAUGACCCCUGUUUUACCUGCCAGUGUAAGGACCUGACAUGGACUUGCUUACACAAAGUCUGCCCACUACUCACCUGCCCUCUAAAUGAGCAGUUCACCCCUCCGGACUCAUGCUGCCCAGUGUGUAAAGAUUGUGUAAUUGAGGAUCAGAACAGGCGUGUGCUAAAUGGCACCAGCUGGAAAGACAGCAAAGAUGACUGUGUCACAUGCACCUGUUUUUUGGGCUACAUUGAGUGUAGCAUUGAAGAGUGUUUACCUGCCAUUUGUCUGGAAGGACAAAAGCAAGUGAAACUUCCUGGGAAAUGCUGCUAUGAAUGCCAAGACUCGGAGGUGUCGUGUUUGUACCAGGGGACAGUGUAUCACUCUAACGAACACUGGGAGGUGGAUGAAUGCACCAGCUGUAUGUGUUUGUCUGGAGACGUACACUGUCGCAGUGAACGCUGCCCUCCCCUCACCUGUGCAAAUGAUGAGAUGCCUGCAGUUAUUCCAGGUUUGUGUUGUCCUCAUUGCCUUCCUCGUCCAGCUACUUGCAGUGCCUUUGGCGAUCCUCAUUACCGGACCUUCGAUGGCCGCAUGCUGCACUUCCAGGGAACUUGCACAUAUGUCCUAACACAGGAUUGUGAGAGUGGAGAUUUCAGUGUUCAUGCUACAAAUGAUGAUCGUGGACGUAAAGGAGUGUCCUGGACUAAAGAGGUUACUGUGUUUUUGGGUGACGUCACAGUGCAGCUACUGCAGGACUGGAUUGUGAAGGUGAAUGAUGAGGUUGUAACUUUGCCAUUUCUCAGGGAACCAUACAUCUAUAUUGAACGGCAAACCAACACAAUUUUACUCAACACUAACAUUGGACUGAAGGUGCUGUGGAGUCCUCGUUCACAUGUGGAAGUAAGUGUGCCAGGCUCCUAUAAGGGCCACACCUGUGGUCUUUGUGGAAACUUCAACAACUACUACCAGGAUGACCUCCGGAUGCCAAAUGGACGAAUCACCCUAUCUGAGUCUGAAUUUGGAAACAGCUGGAGGGUCACAAAUGGUACCCAUUUCCGCUCCUCCUGUCGUCCUGGCGAGAAUGUUGACCCUUGUAAGGAUGCAGGCUACCAGGCCAAGAAGGGGGCCAACACUCGCUGUAAAAUCCUAAAGUCUGCCAUCUUUAAGCCCUGUCAUCGCGUGGUGCCUCCUGAACAGUGGUACGGAGCUUGUGUUUACGACCUCUGCGCUUGCGGUGCCAAUACUGAUGACUGUCUUUGUGACACGUUGGAGGCCUACGCGAGCCAGUGCAGAGAAGCAGGAGUCAUCGUGCAGUGGAGGAGCGCAUCUCUGUGUGCUGUGGGCUGCCCAGUGGAGAGGGGCUUUGUGUUUGAUGAGUGCGGUCCCCCUUGUCCUGUAACCUGCUUUAAUGUCGAUGUACCUCUGGGAGUGAUAGAAAGCCACUGCUUCAAGCCCUGUGUUCCAGGCUGUCAGUGUCCUGCUGGUCUGGUCCUACACAACAACUACUGCAUACCACGAGAAAAGUGUCCAAAGAUCAUUCAUGGCAGCCCCUCAAAUGCCACAGUUACUGAAUAAGUGGACACUCACUUAUAAUUUCAUGCACAUGCACUGUCACCUCUGCAUCAGCCCCAUGUUACUGUAUACAAUGGAAACAUUUCCAGAUGAACCUCCAUGACCUGUGGACUCCACAUACUGACUGAAGUGGAAUACUGUGUUUGUGGGUUUUUAUAAAUAUUGUUUAAAGUAACACUGAAUAUUUAUACUACUUAAAGAUUUGUCAUUUAAUUCCAUACCUAGUUUGUUUCACACAUUUAUAUAAAUAUUGGUCUUUAUAUUACUUUAACAGUAUUAACAAUUAUUAAAAGUUGUUUAUCAUGCAGGAUACAUUUUUAGCAUUGUGCAAUGUCUGACUGUGCAUACAGGAAGCCACAUAAUCUCAGGUAAUCUUUUCUUUCUCCAUUUUAUAAAUAAAAGUUUCACUAAUAA